UAGUUCAAAUAUAUGUUGAUGACAUUAUAUUUGGAUCUUCUAGCAAAGAGUUGUGAGAGUAUUUUGAAAGGGUCAUGAAGAAAACUUUUGAAAUGAGUGCCAUGGGAGAAUUAACUUAUUUUUUAGGAUUGCAAAUUAAACAAACAACUCGAGGUAUUUUCAUAAGUCAAACUAAGUACAUUCAAAAUAUGUUAAAACGUUUUGAUUUUGGGAAUUUAAAAUCCGCAAAUACACCUAUGGCCUCUGCUAUUAAGUUAGACAAGGAUGAGUCAGGCAAGUCAAUUGACGAGAAGUUCUAUAGAGGAAUGAUUGGGUCGCUAAUGUAUCUCACUGCUAGUAGACCCGAUAUUCAAUUCAGUGUGUGCCUAUGUGCUAGAUUUCAAAGUGCCCCUAAGGAAAGUCAUCUGACUGCAGUCAAGAGAAUCUUUCGUUACUUGGCUGGCACAAUGGAUCUAGGCCUUUGGUAUGAUAGUGAGUCAAGUCUUGACUUAAUUGGCUACAGUGACUCAGACUAUGCUGGAUGCAUAGUUGAUCGUAAAAGCACUUCCGGGACUUGUCAAUUUCUCGGAAAUUCCCUUGUGUCGUGGUUUAGCAAAAAAAAAGCUCUGUUGCUCUAUCCACCGCCGAGGCUGAAUACGUGGCCGCUGGGCUGUGCUUUACUCAACUCCUUUGGAUGAAGCAUCAACUUUGUGACUACGGGAUAGUAAUUAAGUCCAUGCCCGUAUUGUGUGACAAUACGAGUGCCAUCAACAUGGCAAGAAAUCCCGUACAACAUUCUCGAACCAAGCACAUAGAAAUUAGGUAUCAUUUUAUUCGAGAUUUGAUUGAAGAAGGUCAAAUUCAGCUUGAAUUUGUGCCAACGACAAAUCAAUGGGCCCAUAUCUUUACCAAACCUCUUAGUGUGGAUCAAUUUCUCACUAUUCGGCGAGAACUCGGUCUUAUGCUCUCCAGUGAAAUUAAUUACUUAAAGUAAAAGUGUCAAAACUCACAUUAGUUGGAGCUAAUAGUCAAACUUAGAAUUUUAAGAGAAAAUGACUCCAUUUGAUCUCUUGGCCCGGAUGAAAUGUUGCAAACCUCUAACAAGACCUAGUGGGCCGAAGCCCAGAGCCUGUAAGCUCAUUCCUUCCACUAACUUGACUUGAGCCAACACUUGACCGGGUGGGCUUUCUGCAUUGACUGGCGGGCUAAAGCCCAAAAUUUUCCACCUGCAACUCCGGCCGGUUUAGUCGUCGUUCCCAGCCGAACAGCCGUCGUUUCCGGGUGCCCUCCUGUGCGGUAUUCUUAGGAAAGAAUCGAUCUAGUACCAUCUUCGCUGCUGUCGCCCUUCUGUCGCUCCUCUGUCCACCAUCCCCUAAUUUUUCGCAGUUGUCGCCCUUCUGUUCGAUCCAUUCCUUCCAUUCUGCUCAUAUCCCCAAUAUCUCUGCUCGAUCCAUUCCUUCCCGCUGCACCCUCUUCUCAACUUCAAAAAUGGGAAGAGAGAAUCCCGUGACUGAGGUUCACAUCCUCCUAAUUGAUUCUCUGAAUCAAGAUGAUUCGAAUCUCCUCCUACCAUCCACCUUCCCAAACUCGCUAUCGACCAGCCAAUUUAAAGAAGCCCUCAUCUACCUUCGGAAUGCCUAUCCUCGCAAUCCCAUAUUACUUCCAGCACCUUCACCAAAAAUAGCAGCCACAGCUCUCUGCUUUCACUAUGGCGCCUAGCAAUCCCCAGCUCAAUGUGAACCUUGCACCUGCUGCAAUCUUCACUAAUCGGGGAUUCCGCAACUCAGAAGCCUACUCCAGGUAUCUGCGAAGCUUUUGUGAUCGUCCCCUCCAACCCGCAUUUAUCAUCCCUCCUACCACAUUCAAUCGGUAUGGACUGAGAGUCAAUGGCUACAUCAAUGACCUUGGGUGGAGCUCUCUUCUUCAGAAUCGGAUUCUUGACCAGUGUCCUGAGGCUGUGAGAAUGUUCUACGCAAGUAUGCAGUGCGGUCCGGGACGCUACCCGUCGUUUUUCACCACUACCGUCUACAACUUCAGCGUGACAAUCACGGCUGAUGUGCUGGCCACCCUCCUGCAUCUUCCUCACGACGGCUACAUUGCUGGAACGACAGAAGACUUUGAUAGCUAUGGGUUUCAUCCCAUAGAUACAAUGUCGUAUCUAGCUCGUGAUUAUGGGAAGCACCCAUUCUCCAUGUUCUCAGUUGAGCGCAUUCCCGAUGAGCUGAAAGCCCUACAUUUCUACAUCACUCGUCUGUUCCUUCCCCGUGACGCUGCCACGGCCUCAACUCUCGACGAAUCCGACUUAUGGAUUAUGUUUAAUGCCAAAACCAGCUGCCCGAUCAGUUAUGCAGCUCUCAUGUUUAAUCAUAUGAUUAAAUAUAGAGAGGAAGAAUGCAGCGGGAAGUUGCCCUUUGGGCCGCAGAUUACCUCACUGCUGUCUAUCCUAGGUGUUGAUCUGCGUGGAAAACUCUUCACCCGCGAAGUUCACUCUGAUCUCCAAGCUCAGCACAUUAUGCGUCGCACAUUCUCGGCGCUAGGACCUCAACGGCUUGUCAAUGUUCAAGGGGGAGAGCAACCUGCUGCUGCUGAUCAGACUGCAUCAGAUUCCGAGGCAAACCACAGGGCUGCAAUGAUUACUGUGAGGCUCGACAAAGAAAAGGAAAAGGCUGAAUCAUCUGGGACACGCAAGAGAGCUUUGGACUUGGGACACCUCCAGGAAGGAAGUAGACUGGAGAAGGAAGGGAAAAGGCUACUUCAGGAUCUGAAGCUGUCUUUGAAAGGGAAAGAGGCUGGCUCUCCGAGCAAGAAGAUCAAGAAGGUCAACAAGGUCUUGUUCGUAUCCUCAGAAGAAGAGGAAAGCGAUCCAUCUGAGUUCGUGUCCUCUCCGGAGUACACCUACUAGGGAGUCUUUCGUCUAACUAUCGUAGGGGGAGAUCCAUGAGUGCCGUCGUUGUCGGUCCAUGAAGUCUGGUCUGGUUGUCAAGAUGUUUGAGUCGAGUCUUGAUGCUAGUAGCAAGGCUGGUUAAGUGUCUUAAAUAAGACUUUUUGAAGUCCAGUGUCCUGAGUCAAUUAAGUUCUGUUAAAGUCAGUAUGUGUUUGUUAGUCACUGAAUAAAAUGAGCUCCCAUUUUUAUGAUUUAAAUUCGGAACUCUUGCUGCCUUGAUUAGAAAAUUGGACAGGCUGCACCAACAGUUUGUUCAGUGUGCAGAUUCUGAAUGUAAGCAGGUUAGGAGUGAACCUUGACAAGCUUAGGGGGAGAAGCUUGGCCAUUAACAAGCUGAGGGGGAGAAUGUUGACAAGAGCAGCUUGAAGGCCAAGACAAAGAAUCAAAUCACAGCUGGAAUUGAGGGAGCUGUCCAAAAUCAAUUGAGGCAAGUUUUCGGGUCAAAAGAAGAAAGAAUAAGAACUUGCCAUAGUUGAUGAUUCCAAGGGAAUUCAAAUUCUCAACAGCUACAUUGUGGCCUAUAAAAGGCGAUUAGAAAGAAGAGCAAAAUCAACCUUUCAAGAGAUCAACAUAGCUAGCUAAGACAAAAGGGGAUUUUGUGAGAGUAGCAAGGUUGAUAGGGAAAGGGGGUUUUCUCAAAGAGUUCGGGGAGAAUUGCUUUGAGGGUUAGUGUUGGGGAAACACUGGUUUCGAGUUGCUGGGGAAGCAAUUCGGGUUUGAGAAAAGAGUGUUAGAUCAAUCGGGUAGAGAUUGAUCAAAGGGCUCUUGGGUAGAUAGCUUGUAACGAAGAACUUCAACGCAAAAUCAUAGUGAAUCGUCGGAGAUCACACAAUCGUGAUUCUCUGACCGUGGAGUAGUCAGUAUUGGGAUCCUCAUUCUCCCAAUACUGGAAACCACGUAAAAAUCGUGGGCUGUGUUCUUGCUCUGUUUUUUCUGCUUUUGUUCUGUGAAUGCUUCUGUGUUUAUUUCUGUACAGUCUGUGAUUGCAGGGAUCUCAAUUAGAACUGAAGGGAAAGUAAGUCCUGACCGUAGUACUAAUCGUCAGCUUACCUUUCCUGGUUUGGUACAGUUCGAUUCCAAGGUUCUGGGCAGAACAACUGGGUUCUGUUAUUUGUUCUUGGUGUUCAUUAUUUUGUGUGUUUAAAUUCAGUUACAGUGCUGUUGUUGAUCGAAUACAAGGGAAAGGGGAAGUCUUUAGAGUUUGAAGUUAAAACUCGAUCGUUUUAGUUAGUUGAGCAGUUGGGCCGGGUUGAUAGAUUAAACAAUUGGGCUUCAAUUUCUCUGCUUGGUCUGUCGAGUGUGACCCACUUGAGUAGACUAUUAAGGUGAUUUGAAACCCAAUCAAAGUAGCCGAAGGUAACGUGCUAGGCUUGGGAUUUGGGUUGUUUAGUUAUUUAUUUUGAUUGAGUCUUAAUUCUUCUUAGCAAACACUAGGUGUAUUCCGUGCAUCUUCAGUCAAGGUGAUAUUAUUUAUACAUUAUCAGGGUGUUAGAAUUUGAUUAACCAAUAUUUGUUAGUUAUAUCCAAAAGUGAUCAAAAGACAGGUAUAAAGUCUCGCGCUCGACGCAACCAACAUUUUGUUGUCAAAUGACAACGAUAAUGUGAUAAAUAGUUUGUGGCGGAUUUGUUAGAUUGUUAAUGUUAUUUAUCAAUAUGCAUUAUGGAUAAAUCCUGUUUUCAAUUCUAGGUUUAUGUUCAUCUUUUGUUUGGACAUUUGAGCAUCGAUUAAAAGGAUAAUUUGAUA